AUGGGGGCUGAGAGUCAGUCCAUGGAGAGCCAGGCCUCCCUCCUCAGUCGGAUAACCUUCUGGUGGUUCAGCAGCGUCGUUGCUGUGGGCAACAGGAGGCCGCUGCAGAGGGCGGACCUGUGCUCGCUGAACAAUGAAGACUCCGCCCACGGCACAUGCCUGUCCUUCCAGCGGCACUGGAGGGGACGAGACGGUGGUGUUCGGCAGGAGUCAGGCCAGGAUGCAGAUCAGGGAUUGGCAGAUGAGGAGGAUGUCCUGCUGGCUGGCCUCGCCCACCCCAGCCGCUCCCUGCUGUCUGCCCUGGGGCGCACCUUCUGCCCCGCCCUGCUCCAGGUGUCUCUGCUAAAACUGGCCGCAGUCCUGCUGGCCUUCCUGCUCCCCCAGGUACUCAGGUGUGUCAUCGCCCUGUGUGACAGCCAGCCCGUGUUCGACUGGGCGGGGCCCACCUACGCCCUGGUGUUUCUGGGCGUGUCUGUCUGCCGAGGCCUCGCCCAGCAGGCUUACCAGAGGCUGAACGGACUGACCAGAGCCAGAGUCCACACUGCGGUGGCUGACGCGCUCUGUGAGAAGCGGUACACACCAGGUGAAUUGGUGACCCUGAUGGCAGGUGAUGCCCAGCGGGUGGCAGACCUGGCUCUGUCCCUGCCGCUGCUGUGGUCCUCCCCCCUACAGGUGGCGCUGUCUCUGUGUUUCCUGUGGCGGGAGCUGGGGCCUGCAGUGCUGGUGGGGCUUGCUCUGCUGCUCCUCCUCAUUCCUCUCAAUGCAGUGGUGGACCAGCGGGUCAAACUGCUCCAGAGGAGUCAGAUGAGGAUGAGGGAGGAGCGAGCUAAACUGCUCAAGGAGAUGCUGCACGGAAUCAAGGAGCUGAAGUUGCUGGGCUGGGAGGACUGGCUCCAGCAAAGAGUAGACAAGGCGCAUGAGAACGAGCUGGAGGCCCAGAGGAUUCUGGGAUACCUGACGGCCUUCUCCAUGCUGAUGCACACCUGUGUGCCCUUCCUGGUCUCCCUGUCCAGCUUCGGCCUGUUUGUCCUGAUGCAUGAUGGGAAUGUUCUCACGGCCUCCCAGGUGUUCACCUCGGUCUGCCUGUUCGGGCUCCUGCGCCCUGCACUGCUGGAGAUCCCAGCCUUGAGCAGGCUCCUUAGCCAGGUGAAACUGUCGCUGAGGAGGCUGGAGGACUACCUGCAUGCAGAGGAGCUGAAACCAGACCCCACUCACUUCAACUGCAGUGGAGGUGAUGUGAUGGACCAGAGCCCCCCUGCUUUCAUGGAGAGCUCAGACGGUUCCAGAGUAGUGGCGCUCUCCACUGUUGAGCUAGGCCUAGGCUGGAGCUGGAGUCCAGGCCAGCUGCUGCAUUACCCGGAACUGCAGCUGCAGCACAUGAUGUCAGCCGCAUUCACGAAUGAGGCGGGGUUGAGGCGGUACCUGUGGGCGCUGGGCUGGCCCUGGGCCCUGCUGGCCGGGGUGACCCGGCUGGGUGAGAGCCUGCUGUCGGUGGGUCAGGACGGGCUUCUGAGGGCGUGGACGUCUGAGGCCAAGCUGGUCCAGGGCCUGGAAGAGUGGAGGCAGCUUCGGGACUCACGCCUCUCUGUCUACGCCCUCACGGGUCUCCUGCAGGCUGUGCUGGUGUGCUGCGGGGCGUGUGUUCUCACCCUGGGGAACCUGAGAGCUUCUCGGAUCCUGCACCGGCAGCUGUUAGCCAGCCUCCUCCACCUGCCCCUGCACCUCCUCCAGAACCUGCCGCUGGAACAGGUGCUGCGCAGGUUCACACAGAGCAGCCCUGCUACUGCCCACCUGUGUCUGCAGGACGUGCAUGUGAUUGGGAAGCACAUCCACCUCCACCUGCACACCUGGCUCACCUGUGUGCUGGAGAUUGUGGGGACCAUGCUGGUCGUCUCCUUCUUCAUCCCCGUCUUCCUCCUCACCUUGCCUCCUCUGGCGCUGUUCUUGCAGGUCAUCCAGGCGUACUACACACCUGUGGCCACACGGCUUCGGUCUCUGGAGCUGGACUCACAUUCUCUGGCCGUCUCUCUCUUCCGAGAGACGGUCUGUGGUGCUGUCACCAUCCGAGCCUUUGGCCACCAGGACCACACCCGAGCACGAUACCGCCAUGCCCUGGACGAGAGGCUCCUGUGCCACUACAACUGCCACCUGGUGGACAGGUGGAUGGAAACAUGGCUGGAGAUAGCGGGUGCAGUUCUGCUCUUCCUGGUCACUCUGUUGCUCAUGGAGAGUCGGCACAUGCUGGAUUCUGGGGCUGUGGCGCUGGCACUGGUGUACACACUCACCGUGGGUGUGGUGGGCAGGCCCGGUGCGGGGCAUUGGACCCUCUCCAGCUGCCUGUUUCGAAUGGUGGAGCGCAGCGCCGGUGCUGUUCUGAUUGACGGGGUCGACAUUGUCAGCGUGGGCUUGCACCAGCUGCGCAGGCAACUCAGCAUCGUUCCACAGGACCCAGUGCUGUUCCCUGGCUCCUUACGAGAGAACCUGGACCCACUGGGCCAGCACACAGACCCACAGGUAUGGCUGGCCCUGGAGCUGUGUCACCUGCAGGAGCAGAUAAGCUCACUGCCAGGCCAGCUGCUUCACCCACUGCAAGAGGGCAGGGCCCACCUCAGCACAGGACAGAGGAGGCUGGUGUGCUUGGCUCGGGCCUUGCUGAGGAAGUCCCGAGUCCUGGUCGUGGAGGAGGCCCCGCCCUGCGUUUCCGUGGAGAUGGAGCGGCAGCUGCAGCAGGCGGUCGGCAGGGGGUUCACAGGCUGCACGGUGCUGAUGGUGGCCCGCCACCCGCAGGCCGUGAUUGACUGCGACAGGGUGCUGGUGCUGGAUGCUGGCAGAGUGAAGGAGUUCGACAGCCCUUCUAACCUCCUCCAGCAGAGGGGGCUGUUCUACCAGCUGGCAUUGGAGGCGGGGCUUAUCUCAAGGAAGCAGGGAGGCGGGGACUGA